AUGAAGGCCCCGGCGUUCAAACCUUUAAGCGAUGUUAUUCGGAUCAAAAAAAGGGAAGAUGUAUCUGGAGCUGCACCUGAAGGGAGCGAAAUAUACAAGGCCUUUUUAAAUGCCUGCAAGAAAAACGAAGAUGAGUUGAUAAACAAAAAUGUAAAAAUAGUGAUUUACGAGCAUGUGAAGUAUGAGGAGGAGGAAAAUCUUGGUAACGGUAGUUCGGAGAGUGACUCGGAUUGGGACCAUGGUUGUGCUCUCCAGAAGGAGGAAAACAAAAUCGACAAGAAAGGAAGAAAAAAAAAAAAGGAAACCCAGUGGGGAAAAAAUGGAGAGACAACCAAAGGAGAGUCAACAAAUUCCAACUCGGUCAAAAAUGAAAAGGAAAAAAGGGGACCCAAGGAUAAAGGCAAUCCCAAAGAAACCGCAAAAGAAAUAGGAAAGGGAAAAUCAACUCCAGGUGGAGCAAACCAAAAUGGGAAAGAACUAAAAUACACAGAAAAGGAGGAAAAUACACACAAAGUGGGGGAGAAGUGUCAAGGAGAUGGAAAGAACGAAGAGGAAACACACACCGAGAGGUCCACUACCCACCCAAAUGGAAAGAACACUUUGAUCGUGCACACAGAAGAAAGCGACGUGGUGAAAGAGAGGAAAUCAUCGAAAGUACUAGGAACGGUAAAAAUCCUAUACAAUUUUUAUGUAAAUUUAUUUGAUAAGUUAAAGGAAGAUGUGGAGAACAUUCAAAACGGAGCUGCAAACGAGAAGAUUGAUCUGUUCCGAGAUGUAAAUCUCUACGCGAACUGCAUUUCUAUGUUCGAUAUUAUCAACCUUUGUGAAGAUUUGAAAAUAAUAAAAACAUUUCUCAACUCUAAAAAGGAAUGUGAAUUGAUAUGGAUACUCACGGUGAACUACCUGGACAAGGUUGACGUAAACCUUUUUGAGCGGUACAAGCAUAAGAUUGAUGUGACAUUUGUGAAGGACAUCCCGGGCGGGGUUAACGGGACGCAGGGUACACACACGCCAGGUCAAGCGAUCCUACCGGGAGCAACCCAACCAGGCAAAGGGAGGGAACAAAUGAAGAGCAACAAAAGCGAUGUACACACGGAAGAAGUAAUCGAAAAAAAAAAGGAAAAGACACAAAAGGGGGACGACAUCACCCCUAUUGGGGGGAAGGAAGAAGACAACGUGAGAGAAGCUGAUGCAUCAGAAAGGGAGGAGAAUCCCCCACGCGCAUGUCAGGAAGUACACAACUUAAAGGAGUACAUUUAUGCAAAAUGCCACGAAAGAAAAAACGCCAUCAUGUUCAGAAAAGUGAAUUUUUUUGUCUUCCUGUACGUAUUAAUUUAUAUAAUAAAAACAAGUUCACGGAAAAUAAAAUCGCUCUCAGACGACAUAAAAAAACUGAGGAGCUUUUUCUUCUUUCUCAACUUGUAUGAGAAAAAAAAAACAAUCGAAACGUUGAAGAAUAUAUACAAGGAUAAGUACUUAACAUUUUUUCAAAAUUUUAAGAGCAGGAAGGAAAUUGAGGAAUACAGAAGGAGAAAGAUUUUUUGCCACAAAUUUUCCUUCUACAAUGUUAACAAAAUUUUAAAUCAAAAAGGGGAAGACUUGGUGAAGUUGAAGGAGGCGUGUACACGGGGGGAGAAGCAUCCACCUACGGGAGAAGAGCAAUCCGGGGAGAGUAACGUAGAUGAGGGCAUCUACAAUCUGACAAAUUUUGUAGACACGACCGAAUUAGAAAGCGACCUCAACUGUACAAGUAACCCCCAGGAUGAAAGCAAGAAAGGAUCACCUCCCCUUCUCAGCCCAUACCUACUAGAUUAUAUAUUUAAAAAUUACUGCUACAAAAAAAAGCACUGGAAAAUAAAGGAAAACGCAUGGAUCAACUUUGGAGUAGUUCGAAAAGAAGAAAACAAAAAGUAUAAAAUGGAGAUUUAUAAUCAUACAAAGUUUAACAUAUCUGUCGAUGUGCUUAUAGAUGAGGACCUUCCCAUCCUUGCCAUUUUUAAGGACAAAUUAUUUUGCGUAAGCUCCAAGUAUUCUAUAUACCUACAAAUUGAUGGGAAAAAAGAGGGUGAGUGGUUCGGGUUCGUGAACAUCUCACUGAGGUACAAGAAUUCCCCUAAGGGCGAUGACACUGUGCGGAUCCCUGUCUAUGUCCACGUCUCUCCGUAG